GUUGUUUACGAAGGCGGCAACCAGAGCACAACAAUCACGAAAGCCGUCUCAUUUUUCCCGCCAAUCCCAAAAUAUCCGCUCUACUUCAAUUUAUUUGCGAAAAGCCCAUCUCUGAAAGCGUCUGAUCUGCCGGUCAGUAGGGGUACUUUGGGGUUCAUGCCCCAAAAAUAACCGCUAGUUCAUAUUUUUUCUCGAUCCUUCCUUCCAUGCCCGAAAGAACCAAAACUUUGCAAAACAAGAAGAAAAUUUUCAACCGCAGGCGGAGAUUGAUCCUGGUUUAGGGUUCAUUGGACUUUCCAUUACUGAUAAGAAGUUGUACAGAAUUUGAUGAAUUCCCAGUCUACUUGCCGCAACCAGAGACCCAAAGGGUUGAAGGUAAAGCUGGUCUUUCAGAUUGCAUUGCUUUUGGCUGUUUGCUUCUGGUUGCUAUACCAGAUGAAGUACUCACAUGAGAAGGCCUAUAGUGGAAGUGCAGAGAAUAAGGUUAGUGAAGAACGCGGUUCUGAUAUUUUGGGGCGCAAAGUGAAUGCAGGGUGGUCAAAAGAUGGCAGUAUAUUUGGAUCAGAAGAUGUAAAUCUUGUGGAAGGAAGUAUAAAGAAAGAAGAUGGAGGUGUUGGAGAUGAUAUGUUAGGUGAAAAUGCUGAAGAGAAUAAUGAAGCAGAAUCUAACAAAGUAGAUGAUCAUGCUCGUGGAAAGCUUGCGAGGCGUGAAGGGAAUGAAAUUGAAAGGACAGAAAUGCAUUACAAAGUAUUGAACAUUACAGAUGAUAAUUCUGAUGUUGAAGACAAAGGAAAUGAUGAACCAGUGGGGCUCAACAAGAACUCAUUGCAAGAAGAAAAUUCUCAAGAGAGACAUGGAGAUACACAGGAAAUUAUCUCGGAUCACGAUGGUGAGAAAUAUGUGAAGAAUAUUAGUCAUGAUGAAGUUGGAGAGGAAAAGGAGCAAAAUUCACAAGUUAAUCAUGAUAAGCAAGAAAAUGAAAAGGACCGAGAGAAAGAGCCACAGAGAUUGGAGGAGUUUAGUACUAACAAGGACAUUUCAGUACAACAUAGUCAAGGGAAGAGUGACACUCUAAAGGGCCCAGAUUCAGUGGUAGAUGGAGUCCAUGGAUUUAAUGAUGAGAAUGGUGUUCCUGUAGAUGGCAAUGAUCUCAUAGAGUCCAUAGUGACUGGAUCAAGCGAUGAUCAUGCAAUGGCUCUACAUCAGGAAAUGAAUUCAAGUUCAAACAAUCAAAGUGAAACGAAAGAAAACACUAUGAAGGAAGAAGUUGCAGCUAAAGAAGGAACAUAUGGCGCUGAUUUUGAAGCGAAAAGCAAAAUCUCAGUAGAAGACUCAAAAAUCGACAUGAAACCAAAGGUGGAAACAAGUUCUGGAAUUGGUGUUCACGCAAACACCACAAGGAUCGAUAGCGUUUCAGAAACUACACAGGGAGGCAGUUCAGUUUCAGAUUCUUAAUAGAAAAACAAAGGGUCAUUAACAUUACAGGUUUUUUUCGACACGCCGAAGAAGUUAAAAGAACAAAAGUAGAAAGUGACUUGAGGCAGUAACAUUCCUUGGUGAAUGACAUUGUACAAUCUAAUUCUGAAUUAGUUUUUGCACGUUGUUCACAUUUUCUUUGCCUACAAAAUGAGAAUGGGCGAUAGUUUUAUACAAUCUGGUCCCAUGAAUUAUUGAACUUACUUUUGAAAUUGUCCCUGAUUUUUUUAUUUUUUUUAAAGGUUUCUUACAAGGUCUCAAUGGGAAACUGGGGGGCCCUUGUUACAACUUUCCAACUUACAAGAGAUAUCUCAUUGUCAUUUUUCUAGUGACAGAGGAGCUGGCAACCACUAGCAAUGGAUUUUGUGUGUGGUGAAAAUGAUGUUUUGGUCCCCUUCCAUGAUCUUCAACUUUUACCACAUGUUUUAGAUGUUAGGACAUCCUUGCAAAAGGAAAAAGGAAACAACAAAAACAUUCAUUGUUAGCUUUCUUUCUUGUGUUGUGGUCUUGGAGACUUGGGAGUUCUUGCAAAACAGAAUGGCGAAUGAGAAACAAUUGAAAUGGGAAGGCAAGGCUAGUGCAGAGCUCAAUGGCCCAGAAGCAGAACAAGUGUGGCCUCUUUUGGAGGACUUCUUUGGCCUGCACAAGUGGUUCCCAACUCUCACAACUUGCCUUGGUGUUGAAGGCAUAUCAGGGCAACCCGGUUGUGUGCGCUACUGCGCUGGGUUCAAGACUCCAGUUGACCAUAAAAGAGAGCAAGACCAAGACCAAGAGAAGGUGAAUUGGACCAAGCAGAAGCUGCUUUCUAUAGACCCAGCACAACUGAUAUUUAGCUAUUCUAUUAUAGAUGGGAAUGUUGGGUUCAACUCAUACAUUUCAACUGUGCAAGUGGUUCCAAAGGAAGGUGGCUGCAGUAUUGUGUGGAAGUAUGAAGUUGAACCCGUGGAGGGGUGGAAAAUGGAGGAUCUGGACAUGUUUAUUGGCACAGGCUUGCAAGUCAUGGCUAGCAGAAUGGAAGCCUCUCUCCAACUCCAAGUUGGGCCACUGGAACCAUAGAGUGAUAACUUGUCUUGCUGUCCUUUGUUGGAGUGACUUUAUUUCUCUUGGGUCAGCAUUAAUAUUGUUGCAGAAAAGGUGUUAUGUGCGUUUUUCUGUGUCUGUUUUCUUCUUCUUCUUCUUUCUUUAUUUAUUUAAGUUUUCGUAUGUAGUGCAAAAUUUAAAGAUAUGUAUGUUGAUCCAUCAACUAUGUAAAAUCCUGCAAUAAAAUUUAUUUCCUUUUGAUAUCUUUGGAUAGGAAUUAGAAUAGAAGAAAACAUGUGGGUGUGGCUUGCGUUGUUUAUAAAUUAUAAUUUCCUAUUA